CCCACGCUCCCAGCAGGCACCGCGGUGCAAUGUGACCAUCCCUCCCCACUUUGCGGCGCCGGGAGAUGGCGGAGUUGGACAUUGGGCAACACUGUCAGUUGGAGUACUGCAGGCAGCGAGGUGAUGCAGCAGUGCCCAUCCCGGCUGCGAGAGAUCAAGGCCUUGCUUUCGCCCCACGGAUGGUGGCGCGGUGUUGAACACAGAAGCAGAGAAUCUCAUGGUUGUCCUGAGGUGACUGCAAUCAGUGAGAAACCAAAGAUAGAUACACAUGAAUCUUACCCGUGCUCAUUCAAGGACUGUGCUCAGAGAGAGCUUGUGGCAGUUAUAUGUCCUUAUUGUGAGAAGAAUUUUUGCCUAAGACACCGUCAUCAGUCAGAUCAUGAGUGUGAAAAGCUAGAGAUCCCAACACCUCGUAUGACUGCCACUCAAACGCUUGUUAAAGACAUUCUUAAUUCUAAGACAAGAGAGACUGGAAAUAAACGACGGAAAGGUGCAAAAAAUAGUGAAACAGCUGCAAAGGUUGCAUUGAUGAAGUUAAAACUGCAUGCUGAUGGGGAUAAGUCAUUGCCACAGGCAGAAAGAAUUUACUUUCAGGUUUUCUUACCUAAGGGGAGCAAAGACAAGAGCAAACCUAUGUUCUUUUGCCACCGAUGGAGCAUUGGAAAGGCGAUAGACUUUGCAGCUUCACUUGCCAGUCUUAAAAAUGACAAUAACAAGUUAACAGCUAAGAAGUUAAGGCUGUGUCAUAUUUCUUCAGGAGAAGCCUUACCUUUGGAUCAUACUUUGGAAACCUGGAUUGCUAAGGAGGAUUGUCCUUUAUAUAAUGGUGGAAAUAUUAUUUUGGAAUAUUUAAAUGAUGAUGAACAGUCUUUAAAAAAUGUUGAUUCUUACUUGUAAAAGUAAUUCAAAGUUAAGCCAGAAAUCACAAGGAAAAUACUAUGUAUCUGUUUAGUCAGUUUCUUUUACCACAGAAACUAUUGAUUUUUUAAAGGUUGCUUUUUAAUUUAUUUCCAGUAUGUCAUAAUUCACAUUAUCAGUUUUCUGUUACCUUUUGAGUUUUUGUGUUUUAAGGUUUAUACUAAUAAUUGUUAGCAAAUUCUUACAUAUAAUUAGCUUUUUUUUUAGGUUAUGCCUUGGAAAUAUCGGUAUAGGUAUACUGACAUACACACAUGAUAUAUAUGUGUACAUACAGUUGGGUAAUGCCAGCUAUUGCUUGGCUGUGGCAGUGCUUCCUGUCAUCUUCCCUUCAGGAUAUAAACUGCAAAGCUAACCCCUGUUGGGGACUUUCCCAUUCUUUUGACAGAGGAAGAAGAUGGCAGAUGUUUCACUUGAAUCUUAAUUGACACUUGGUCAAGCCUAGUAUAAUUGGGCCAGAAUGUAUAACCUUAUAAAUUGACGUUUAUAUGAGUUAUUGAAGCUUAGAGGUCAUAUCAUUCAGUUUUUCUAAAUUUUUGAAUUCAGGUGUUCGAUAGGAAAAUUAUGUUCUUGGUAUCACCUAACUAUAAUAGGGCAAAUUUCUGAUAAAAGUCCUCCUCAAUUUGGAGUCACCUUUUAUGUUUGUGUGAAUGUAUUACAAAUGAGAAGAAAGACGAAACAGUUCACCUUCAUUAUAGUUUCUGUAUAUAUCAAAGCAACGCAUAUGUUGAAAGCAAUACUAUUUUACCAGCAAAUUGAAAUAAAUACUCCUGACUGGUAGUUUCUGUCUAUACCCAAUAAAGAUCUAUGUAGAAGGAAUAGAUAUUAUUUCU